AUGGCAUUUUCUAAAUUGGAUAUUCCACUAAUGGCCCAACACUUUCUAGUAUGUAACACUGAAAAAUGCGAAAGAAACUGUGAGUUCUAUUGCAACCAUUGUCAUCACAGAUUAUGCAAACAAUGCACAGAUGAACAUCGGAGAAGUCCAAAAACCAAGAACCAUGAGGUGGUCCUUUACCAGCAACGAAAACGACCAAUUCCUGUGAAAAAAUGCAAGAUCCACCCAACUAAAGAUAUGGACAUGUUCUGUGAAGAAUGCCAAAGUCCAGUAUGUUCCAAAUGUGCCACACAAGUAGAACAUCGGGGACAUAUAUUUACCGAUUUAGAAUCAUGUUAUGCUAAAAACUUUCAAGAGGAAAUCUCAAAUAUCUACAAGUCCCCUGACGAAUACAUUUCAUCUGAAUUUCAGACGAAUGAUGAUCAAGAGGAGGCGGCAGAAAGUGCUAUGGCUGGAGACGAACCUCCCGAGCUCACUGAUAACCUUGAUGAUUUUUUGCUAAGGCCAGCCCCUCAAGGUCACGUAAUGAAGUGUCGGAUCACACGAGACAAAAAAGGCGUGGAGCGAGGGAUUUAUCCCACAUACUUCCUCCAUUUAGAAAAAGAUGAUGGCAAAAAGGUAUUUUUGCUGGCUGGUAGAAAGAGGAAGAAGAGUAAAACAUCAAACUACCUGAUAUCCACGGAUCCUACAGAUCUGUCCAGGGGAGGUGAGGCCUAUGUAGGCAAACUCAGGGCAAACUUAUUAGGGACCCAGUUCACAUUGUUUGACAAUGGUGACAACCCAAAAAGCAAUUAUGAAAAUGCUAGAAAAGAAUUAGUUGGAAUCAUUUAUGAAACAAAUGUCUUAGGUUUUAAGGGACCCAGAAAAAUGACCAUCAUUAUUCCUGGGAUGAAUUUAGAUCAUGAACGAGUAGACAUCAAGCCAAGAUCUGACAAUGAUGGCUUGAUUGGCAGGUACCAGAGGAAAAAUAUGGAGAAUAUACUGGAACUCCACAACAAGACCCCCGUCUGGAAUGGUGAGACUCAAUCAUAUGUGCUGAAUUUCCAUGGCAGAGUUACUGAGGAAUCUGUAAAGAAUUUCCAAAUCGUGCAUGACAAUGAUGUUGAAUACAUUGUGAUGCAGUUUGGCCGAGUAGCAGAAGACGUGUUUACCAUGGAUUUUAAUUACCCUCUUUGUGCAGUUCAAGCUUUUGGAAUAGCACUGAGUAGUUUUGACAGUAAACUAGCCUGUGAAUAA